UUCAGGUCUUCCUACCCCAACUUGUAUACGAUGAACCCUAAUUCGAACUCUACCAUUCUCAAUCCCAAAAAUGUACCCGGCGCCACAAACUUGAACGCCACUGUGAUGUACUCCAACAUCGACCGGGGCGCUCAAGGUAGACAGAAGCUUGAACUGAGGAUGCGUCAGAAUAAUCUCAAUGUCAAGUGGCUGGCUGGUAUUGUUUGCUCUCUCGGUCAAGUUUUAUUUACAGGAAUUGACGCCUUCGUCGUUGAGAAGAAGAAAGGAAAGCCGAUAUUAACGAUGGAAGGAGGAACUUUGGAUACCUAUGAAAUUGUGGUGAAGCUGCAUCAUACAUGCGGAGGAGUUGAUCUAUGUUCUUUCAGUAUUAGUGGCAGCGAGGAAUGUUUUACAAUGAAUUUAACCUACAUCGAUAUUGACGAUAUGGAGGAGGUGAAGAAUUUAAUGGCAUCGGCGACGGGGAAGAAGAGGAAGAACUGACAUUGGGUGACAUUUGAGAAUCUCCUUGCCCUUCGUCCCUUCUUGGCAUUCAAACUUCUGUUCUCAAUGUGAUUAUUCUUACUAUCUAACACAAGGACCUCAUGUCUACCUUAGCAAAUUAGACGCCCAAUCAAGUUUGUACAAAGUCUUACUUCAGUCAAUGUCCCUCUGCUUGCUAUC